UCACUCGUCCCACAAAGCAACCCCAUUUUAGGCCCCUUUUAAAAGAACCCUACCGUAAUACCACAAAACCUUAGUCCUAGUUGAUUUAAAGCAAGGAAACAAACAAAAAGAUUGCAACUCUGAACUCCAUUGUGAGGUCAAUCUCCAAGAUUCUUGCUGAGGCCAAAAUGCAAGGGAGCAAUUAUUACUUCAUGAGGAGGAGCCAUGUUCCAGCAUUUGGUAGCUGGGACUGUAACGAUGAUUCCCCAAUUCCAUUCACACAGUGCUUUGAAUCAGCUAGACAAGCGGAUUUGCUUCGAUACAGCUACUCUCAAGACCGUGAUUUAUACGUCGCCGGCGAUCUUUACCAGAAUGAUACUGUAACUCCGAGCAUGAUCGUCCUUCCUCGUCGUAAGAUGAAAGCAAGUAAUGAAGCAGUUGGAAAAGCAGGAAAGGACACGUGGGUGGUGUGUGACUAUGAGUAUGAUGUGAAAGAAGCAGCAACUCCAUCACCGCCACCGCCUAAAAGGGGCGCUGUAGAUGAAGAUCUCUACAAGAUUUCCCCUGAACUGCUCUACGCUAAGCCUAAAAGGAAAGGCAUUAGGGGUUUCUUCUCAAGCUGCUUACUGCCUAUUUGUGCUUCUUGAUCUUGAAGAAGCUCAAAGCUUGCAAACAGAGAUGGAUGCAGGAUUUUCAGAGGAUGGGUUCACCAUUACUUUUUUUAAAAAAAUUAAAUCAAAAGGUUGAUAGGGGAUUUGAUCCCCUGACCUUAGGCUAUUGGAAAUAAGAGACCAAAACCAGUGCACCACUUGGUCUCUUUUAACCAUGGGUUCCAUCAAGUAUAUAUAUCUAUUUUUGCCAAAUUAUGAACAUCAUAUCUAUACUUUAACCCGAGGACCACGGGUUCACGUGAACCAUGUUUUACAUGGUAGAUCCGCCCCUGCUUGCAAACAAAAGAAGAUUCAAAACAUAUUGUAGGACUACUUGUUUCAUAUUGAAUGGUGGUUUCGUUGUCUAUAAUAUAAAAUUGGAGAAAUUC